CGCUCCCGCCGCGCGCUCCCAUGGCGCUGAAGCGGAUACAGAAAGAACUGAGUGACCUGCAGCGAGACCCACCGGCCCACUGUUCUGCUGGACCUGUUGGAGAUGACUUGUUUCAUUGGCAAGCAACUAUUAUGGGUCCUAUUUGUACAGGUCACAAAGAUGUUGUGUGUUUUAAAACUCCCCGAUGUCAUCAUGAUGAACUGAAUUAUGUUGGAAAAUCCUACUCUUUGCCUCUGCAAAGAGAAACCACUUCUUAAGCCUGAUAGUGCAUAUCAAGGGGGUGUAUUUUUUCUCACAGUACACUUUCCAACAGACUAUCCUUUCAAACCACCAAAAAUUGCUUUUACAACAAAAAUAUAUCACCCAAACAUAAACAGUAAUGGGAGUAUUUGUCUUGAUAUCCUGAGAUCACAAUGGUCACCAGCUCUGACUGUAUCUAAAGUUUUAUUGUCCAUAUGCUCCUUACUUUGUGAUCCUAAUCCAGAUGAUCCUUUAGUACCAGAUAUUGCACAGAUCUACAAGUCAGACAAGGAAAAAUACAACAGACAUGCAAGAGAAUGGACUCAGAAAUAUGCAAUGUAAACUUGUGAAGACUUUUUCAUAUACCACAGAGUACUGUAAAUUCUAGGUUUUUUUCAAAAUUAGAAGGAAAUGGAGCACAAUUUAUGGUUUUGAUGUAACAUGACUCCCCUUGAAUUUUUUUUCACCCAUGUAAGUGUGUUUCUGGAGCAAGGGAGAAUAAACUUCCAAAAAUAACCUUAUGACUGUGAUAAGAAUAUUUAUCCUCUUUGUAUGCUUUGCAGAAGACAUUUAUUAUGGUUUUUAAGAGCUGGACACCUGCAUCUUCAGACUACAAGAUCUGUAAUGCAGUUGUAAAGCAACUGAAUUAUUUUUGCUGGGAAAAGUAGCUGGUUUUAUGUGAUGAAUACUGUAUGUUUGUCAUUGAAGUAUGUUGUUGUUUCAUAAGUGUAUUCAAAUUUUUUUUUGUUAGUUCACUUAAUAAUUUGUAUUUUUUUACUGUAUAGACUAAAUAUUUUAUUUACAAUGUCAGUAAUUUCAUUUUAGACUUACUUGAGUGUGCACAGUAUUGACAAGAUACAACUGCUAGUAAUGAAAUUAAUUGGAGUAUCCCACACAUUAGGAUAUUCUAAAGAUUGACUGCAGAUUUCUUAAAACCUAAAAUGAUCUUUGCACUGUAAUUCUUUGUAUGCUGAUUAUGGAGAAACACUUCGUUUUAUUCUGUUGCAUACUUAAUUUUAUUGCAAUGAGAACUAAUUGCACUGCUAUGUAGAGAGAUAAUGUAACCAUUUUGUUGCUAUUCACAACUGAUUUUUGAUGUAACACUAUCCUUUUGACCUUUUACAAAUCCAAAUGUAGCCUUUUCCAUAUAAAUAAAAUGCAUUUUCUACUA